AUGCGACUUCAAUUUCGUCCCACGCAAGUUUUCGAUGAGACAAAACACGUAGUAGAUAUGAUAGCUAAAAAAUAUCUUGAAAAAGCGACUGGUGAUCUAUACCAUCUUGUUCCGAUCGAAGUUACUGCUGAUGGAAACUGUUUAUACCAUUCUAUUGUUCUUCUAAUGAAUAACCCAGCAGUAACAACAAGUGAAUUACGAGUUCGGACAAUUAUUGAACUUGUAACAAAUGAAAAUUAUUAUGAAAAUAUGUAUUCAAAAUACGUCGGACCUGUCAACAUCGCUAUCAAAGCUAUUUGCAAGAAUUAUACAUUUUCUGAAUUAUAUGAAAUAGCAGCACUAUGCAAUAUACUUCAAUGUAAUAUACGAAGUGUUUGUCCAAAAAUUGACUUUCAACAAUAUAUGGCAAUUUGGGAUAACGUUUUUACGCCUGUCUCACCUAUUAUUGCUAAUUGUAACAUUGUAAUUAUGUGGUCACAUGCCUUGAAUGAAAAAGAUGCUCGAGAGGCAAAUAAUGGCACAUGGAGUCCAAAUCAUUUUGUUCCACUUAUUUCAUCAGGUAUUUGUAAUGAUUCUAACAAUGGUAAUCAAUCAACAUCACUCGCUGUUACUCCUGAAAAAAGGGCGUUUAAGAAUAAUACUGUUACUCAAAUAAGAAUGCCUGAAUUUCCGUCCUCUCCUAGCAGACGUUUACGAAGUGAAGUCAACAUCGGCAAUAACACUGCUCAAUCAAUUUCUUCAGAUUCAAUACCAAAGGAAAAGAAUGACAAAGAAGAACGACGUCAAAUUCAACUUGAGAAGAAAAGAGAUCGAAGUCGAUCCAGUCGAAUGAAUGAAACAGAAGAGCAACGUCAAAUUCGACUUCAGAAACUUAAAGAAUGA